UCAGCUGUUCUCUGCGGCAGGAACUCACCUGUUCCUCGCUCCGCAGUGUCUGGCAUGCCCUGUACUGUCUGCAGUCUCUGGUCAUCUCCUGUACUGUCCGCAGUCUCUGGUCAUCUCCUGUAUUGUCCGCAGUCUCUGGUCAUCUCCUGUACUAUGUCCGCAGUCUCUGGUCAUCUCCUAUACUGUCCGCAGUCUCUGGUCAUCCCCUAUACUGUCCGCAGUCUCUGGUCAUCCCCUGUACUAUGUCCGCAGUCUCUGGUCAUCCCCUGUACUGUCCGCAGUCUCUGAUCAUCCCCUGUACUGUCCGCAGUCUCUGGUCAUUUCCUGUAGUAUGUCCGCAGUCUCUGGUCCAUCUCCUGUAGUAUGUCAGCAGUCUCUGGUCCAUCUCCUGUAGUAUUUCUGCAGUCUCUGGUCCAUCUCCUGUACUAUGUCCGCAGUCUCUGGUCAUCUCCUGUACUAUGUCCGCAGUCUCUGGUCAUCUCCUGUACUAUGUCCGCAGUCUCUGGUCAUCUCCUGUACUAUGUCCGCAGUCUUUGGUCAUCUCUUGUACUGUCUGCAGUCUCUGAUCAUCCCCU